AGAAAAGAAGCCUACCUGUCACUGACAUGCGCGUUAAUAUAAAGACAGGGACUUUACAGAUACAAAAAAGUUUCGCUAUCUUAUUAAUCUUAUCAGAGCUAUAUGGUAUCUGAACAACACUUUGAGAUAUUGUUUUGAGAGUGGAGCUGGUAUCAGGAGAGGUUAUAAUUUGAAUAUGCGGCAAUAUUGAAUUAUUGGAAUAAUUUGUAGAAUAAAUCGUUCUACCCUUGCCUACAUUCUUCUGUGAAAGUAAGAUAGAGAACUACAAUCCUGUCUAUCUAUACUAUAGACGUUUGUAGAGAUACAUGUAGUAUGGACGUAGGUCUAGUACAGUUGGAGUCCAGUCUAUGGGUUGGUAAGAAACGUUACCGGGCAGCCCUUACCGGUUUGCACCUCAACUGGACUGAGCUCGAUAAGAAGAACCGCGAUAAGACCGUUUCAGUACCAGUGUCGGAGGUUGUUGGUGUGGAGGAGGGGCGUGUGGAGGUUCUACCCCAGAGGUCAGUUUCUGAAGACACAGACAGAGACUUCACAGUGUUCUAUGUGAAGCGCAGCAGCAGUGGUAGUUCCUAUGGGUUGCUAUGGCACCUGGGCAGGACCCAGUUCAGCUGUCCCAGCAGGGACCUCAGAGACCAGUGGAUGACCCUGCUGAGGAUUGCCCUCAAAACACACAGCUCCUCUCGUCCUCACAGGUUGUUGGUGUUCAUCAACCCGUUCGGAGGAAAGAAACAAGGGAGACAGAUCUAUCACUCUCUAGUGGCCCCACUGUUUGAGCUGGCAGGUAUCAGCGCUCAUGUUAUAGUGACAGAGCGGGCCAACCAGGCGAGAGACCACAUACUAAAGAAAGACCUGACUGGUUUCGAUGGUGUGGUAUGUGUGGGCGGGGACGGAAUGUUCAGCGAGCUGCUGCACGGUGUGAUUGGCCGAACACAGCAGGAGGCAGGGCUAUCGGAGCAUGACCCCUCUCUACAGUCCUGUGACCUUCACAUUGGCAUCAUUCCUGCAGGCUCCACAGACUGUGUGUGUUUCGCCACUGUGGGAGUCAAUGACCCAGUGACCUCUGCUCUGCAUAUUAUCAUUGGAGACUCUCAGCCUCUGGACGUGUGUUCUGUCCACCACCGCUCGUCUCUGGUGCGUUACUCUGUGUCUCUGGUAGGAUACGGGUUCUAUGGAGACGUGCUGGCUGAAAGUGAGAGACACCGCUGGAUGGGGCCUCUCAGAUAUGACUAUUCAGGUGCUAUGGUGUACCUGAGUAACAGGAGCUAUGCAGGCCUAGUUCAGUACCUACCAGCAGACCACCAGCUCUCCAGCCCCAGGGACAACACACGCUGCCUCUCUGGGUGCAGAGUGUGUUCUACGAGCACAGGGAGGCUGUUCCCCCACUCUCCAGAUGCUAGUUCCAACGACAGCUCCCACUUCAGUCAGUUCAGCAGCGACUCAGAGGGUGAUUGGGUGAGUGUGGAGGGCCGGUUCAAGGCUGUGUCUCUCACCUGUAUGUCUAGCUCCUGUCCUCGCAGUCCCCUGGGGCUGUCCCCCUCAGCACACCUGGCCGAUGGGACAGGUGACCUCAUCAUUGUACGGGACACACACCCCCUAGGGUUCCUCACCUUCCUACACAGACACACCAGCUCACAGGACCAGUUUGACCUGCCCUUCGUGGAUGUCCACCGCGUGAAGGCAGUGCGUUUCUCUCUCCCGCCCGGAGAAAAGGAGGAAGAGAGGGGUGAAGAGAGGGAGACGGUAAAUGAUGGCGGGAUGGUGGAAGAGGGAGAGACACCAAGCCAGAGCGGAUCCCAACAUCACCUGGUAGAAAGAGGAGAGGAGCGAGGGAUGGCGAACGACAGGAGGAAGAAGAAAGACUUCUUGUGUGGCCUGUGCUGCAGUAAACCUUCAGUGUCCGUGUGGAACUGCGACGGAGAAAUACUUCCUCACACUGAGAUCCUCUGCAGGGUUCAUGGUCAGCUGGUACGUCUGUAUGCCCGGGGCAUGGAGGACGGAUCAGCCACGCCCACCAGGAAGUGAACUGUGUUAGGGUCCGUUCACUCUACUGACUGAGGAAGGCUGUGUUAGGGUCCGUUCACACUACUGACUGAGGAAGGCUGUGUUAGGGUCCGUUCACACUACUGACUGAGGAAGGCUGUGUUAGGGUCCGUUCACACUACUGACUGAGGAAGGCUGUGUUAGGGUCCGUUCACACUACUGACUGAGGAAGGCUGUGUUAGGGUCCGUUCACACUACUUGCAGAGAAAAACAAUGCCAGAAAGGAAGACAUUAAUGAUUCUAAUCAAUAAUUCUGCCAGCUAGGACCAAUUAAAUGGCUUUCUCUCUGGUGUAGUUUUUUGUAGUGUGAACGGAGCCUUACUGUGAUACUGAGGAGAUGUAUCUUUCAUAACUGAAGAAGGCUGUAUUACUGUCAUGCGGUCAAUGGUUACUGUACGAACCCCAUGUAGGCUCAAUGACAACGUAUCAGUUAGUGGGUCAUGAAGGAUGUCUGUGGAAAGACUUAUUUUUCUGACAUGUGACUGUAUCAACAGAAUAACCAACAGAGCCUUACAUUUCACAUAUCUGAUGAAAUGGUUACUGUAACUAACCCCCCAGUACAUUAGGGUCAACAUACAAGUUAUUGGGACAAUGGUCAUGAAUGAUGUCUGAGUUUGGAAGGAGGUGUGACUGAAUGUACCAACACAAUACCCAAAAGAGCCUUCCAUUUCACUUUAUCUGCUUUCUCUCUUUAACCAAAUAAAUAAUUCCAGAAUAUUUAAUAUUUCAACAAGUCUUAAGAUAGAGGCUUGAGGUAAUUCAAGGAAUAUACACAGUGUUCAAAACAUUAAGAACACCUGCUCUUUCCAUGACAUAGACUUAUGGUAUUUUCGCCUGUAAAUGUGUAUUCAUGUUCAUUUCAGCGGCUGAUUUGCAGUUAUGAAAAUGUUGUACUUAAUAAAUGGACAGACCUUUUUAUUAA